UUACAUAAAGAAAGGACAACAGCACUGGAUCAAUAUUAUGGAGCAUUGCUGGAGAAACUCUCUGAUGAUCUCUGAAGAAAUUAUGCUUUAACUGUAAGCUUUACUGGACAAAUUCUACAUCUUUUGUGUUUUGGGGACAUUGCCAUGCAUCAACAAUUCAAAUGAAAAAAAUGUUUUGAUCGAGCCAGGCCACUACACAAAAAACACUUUGUACAGAAGAGGAAUAUACUUCUGGGAGUAAUCUUACAUUUGUCUAAAAACAAUUUAUUCAAAGAAGUUCAGAAUACAUCUCAAAAUGGAGGACCAUGUGACCAAAAUGUUUUCUUCUGACUUUACAGAUGGAACUGAAGCAGAAAAAAGUUCAGUCCCAGGUAAAGCACUUGGCCAUGGCCUGCUUUGUAAGGUGUGCUCUGAUUCAAGCAGUGGUAAACACUAUGGGAUUUAUGCCUGCAACGGCUGCAGUGGCUUCUUCAAGCGCAGUGUGAGACGCAGACUCAUUUACAGAUGUCAGGCUGGAACUGGCAGGUGCCCUGUUGACAAGGCUCAUCGGAACCAGUGCCAAGCUUGUCGACUAAAGAAGUGUCUCCAAGCUGGCAUGAAUAAAGAUGCUGUGCAGAAUGAGCGACAGCCUCGAAGCACAGCGCACGUCAGUCUAGACUCUAUAUGUGUGGACACUAAAAAGGAGCACCUAGCCACCACACGGGAGCUCACCUCCUCUGCCACCUACUCAUCAGUCAUCUGUAGACCUCUGGUCUCUUCCUCUGUCACCACCUCUGCCACCAUACAGCCCUGCAACCACCCCAACAACAGCCACCGCUUUAUGGUCAGCCUACUCACUGCAGAGACCUGUGCAAAACUGGAGCCUGAGGACGUGGAGGAGAAUAUUGAUGUGACAACCAAUGAUUCAGAGAGAGAUCGGACUCCCUCUGAUAGUCGUAUGUGCCCAUACACAUCCAGCUGUUCAGAGAGUAUCUACGAAACAUCGGCACGACUCCUCUUCAUGUCCGUCAAGUGGGCAAAAAAUUUGCCUGUUUUUGCUCACUUGCCAUUUCGAGACCAGGUGAUUCUCCUUGAAGAAGCUUGGAGUGAGAUGUUCCUCUUGUGUGCCAUCCAGUGGUCCCUCCCCAUGGACAGCUGUCCUCUUCUUUCUCUGCCAGAUCUUUCUCCCACACAGCAGGCCAAUAUCAACCUGCCCACAGCUGACCUGCGCAUCCUGGAAGACGUCUUUAAUCGCUUUAAAGCCCUGGCUGUUGACCCUACUGAGUUUGCCUGCAUGAAAGCCAUUGUACUGUUCAAGCCAGAGACACGCAGCCUCAAAGACCCAGAGCAGGUGGAGAAUCUGCAGGACCAGUCACAGGUGUUGCUAAGUCAGCACAUCCAUUCGGUAUACCCCAGUCAAAGUGCCAGGUUUGGGAGACUUUUACUUCUACUGCCAUCUCUCCACUUUGUGAGCUCUGAGAAAAUAGAACAGCUGUUCUUUCACAGGACCAUUGGCAGCACACCCAUGGAGAAGCUGCUGUGUGACAUGUUCAAAAACUAAACAAGCAUCGAAGUAAGGACACUUGCUAGGACAACACAAUAAACCAGCCCCCAAGCAACAUUUCUGCUUGUAUAUUUCACGUAUUCUGGUUAUGACUACUUUCAAAUUCAACAAAAUGGCCCCUCUCCACUGAAGCCAUUUUGACAUGCCACUGUAAAUAAUAAAAUCCUACUGUGCAAGCUGACUCACUGUCACGCUGACAUACUGGGACACAUACAGUAAAUAGAACAAAGCUAUUAUUAAGGCUAUUAAGAACACCCUUGCUUUUCAUCAGCGUUUAUGGCAUUCUUAUUAAAUAAGCAUACAGUAAUUUAGUGAUUAUUGCACAAUUUUAUUCGUAAAUGUUUGUUUUUUUAUAAACAUACUGAAUUAUUUUGUGUUGGUCUUAGUUGCAAUUAUUAUAAAGAUUUUUUUUUUUGAAUAAAAUUAUUUGUCUUA